AUGGCAGACUCUGAUGCGCAAGAGACUCGCCAACCUGCGAAAGAGUCGCCGUUCUCCAUAAAGAACCUGCUGAACAUUGAAGACAAGCCCACAAAGCCGAAAAGCGUCCUCGGCUCGUCCAAAGGUGUGUUUGAAGGCAGCUUCUUCUCUCGGCUCGGUGACUUGUCUUUCCCUCGAUUUGAGUUGCCCACACAGAGAAUUGGACUAUCAGCACAGUAUUUGGAGAGAGCGUCAACCUGGUGGUACCCAUACACGCUCGGGACUCAUCUGAGGACUGGAGGGUCUGAGAAGGCCAACCUGAGGGAAGCAUCGCCGGCACCGGACAGGCGUUCCCCGGAUCUCCAAAAAGGUGACCAAGAUGCCAAAGAGGAAAGCGCCGACGACGAUAUCGCGCUGGAUGACAGUGACUCGGAAGAACCAAAGAAGGAAAUAGACCAGGAGGACGACUGGAGGAGAAAAACGGACGAGUUGGACUCCGAGAGGAAGCCCUGUCGGAAGAAGAAGACGCGCACGGUGUUUUCCAGGAGUCAGGUCUUCCAGCUGGAGUCCACCUUCGACAUAAAGCGCUACCUGAGCAGCUCGGAGAGGGCAGGCCUGGCCGCGUCCCUGCACCUGACAGAGACGCAGGUGAAAAUCUGGUUUCAGAACCGGAGGAAUAAGUGGAAAAGGCAGCUGGCCGCGGAGCUGGAGGCAGCCAACCUGAGCCACGCGGCGGCGCAGAGGAUUGUGCGGGUUCCCAUACUUUACCACGAGAACGGAGCCACAGAAACGGCCGGGGGCCCCGCAGCAAACUCACCGGGCAGCCAGUCACUCCUGGCUUUCCCCCACCACAUGUACUAUUCCCACCCGGUCCCACUGCUGAGGCCUGUUUAACACUGACUGUGAUUAUGCGCUGUACAUAUGUUUUUAAAUGAGAGUGACAUUCAUUGGAAAAAACACUACAUUUUUGUA